AUGACGACACCCACCGACCAACCUCAGCGGUUUGAUAGCGCCGUGAUCAACAGCUCCGAAGCACAGCAGGAGCAACCGCAGCAAUCUCAAUCGCAAAAUGUGCAGACUAAGCUCUUACAGCAUUUUCAGACAAACCGCAUCGAUUCGGCGCUGUGGGCCCUGCGGCUGCUGGUCAUCUUCUUCACAGUCAGCUAUGUGUUGCCCAUCUUCACUUCUCAACAGAGCGCAUUUAGUAAGGUCCUGCUGGCCAAUGCGGCUAUAUCUGCCCUGCGUUUGCAUUAGAGAGUGCCCGCGUUCUCCUUCAGCCGGGAAUUCCUUACCCGAUUGUUUGGGGAGGACUCGUGUUACUAUAUGAUGUACACCCUCAUCUUCUUCAACAUCCGCCAAUCGUUGCUUGUUCUGAUCCCUGUGAUGCUCUACUCGAUUCUGCAUGCAUCCAGCUACUCGCUCAAGCUGCUCAAUCUGAUUGGUCACAACUCGUGGUGGGGUGCUCGUUUUAUCAUAUCCAUUGUCGAGUUUCAAGCGGCAAAUAUUCUAAAAGCCACCGCUUUCUGCGAGAUCUUCAUCAUGCCCUAUGCAAUUGUGCUGGCCUUCAUGAGCCACGCAGAAUUGAUGACCCCCAUUAUUAACUAUCACUAUCUGGUAAUGCGCUACAGCUCGCGCCGUAAUCCCUAUCCGCGCACCGCUUUUGCCGAGCUUUGUAUAAUCUUUGAGGCGCUGGCUGCCCGAUCGCCGCCCGCUGUCGGCAAGAUCAUUCGCGGAGGCAUCGGGCUUAAAAAUGAAUAA